UCGAUCGGUUGCACGUGCCAGGUUCGAAAUGGGAUCGUGUAACCGGCUACGGUGGUCGCGGUUACAGCGAUACAAGAAGAGAAAAUUCCACGGCACUACGUACAUCCCGCGUAUAUUCUUUCUUUUCCCGCCUGUCAACAUUUAAAAAUCUUUUUAAGGGGCUGACGACAGAUUGAGGGCUGCAAUAGAAAUUUUCCCGCCCGUUUCCGUUCGAAAAUGUUUUGAAGGGGCUAACGACAGAUUGAGGUCUGGAAGGGAAAUUUUACACCGUGAAGUGUUCUACUCAUAGAUUGCAGAGAAUUGGGUUUGCAUAGGUUUGGCUCUGUCUGUGUAUUUAAGGUCUUUGUUGUUCAGUAGCUGUAAACCCUAAAUUCUGUUUGCAAUUCUGUUUUCCUCCCUGUUGCUGUUGAAGAAGAAUGUGUUAUAAGGAGGAACACGAAUGGUAAAAUACAGGGAAGGUUUAAAAAUGAAGUGCAACGGCAAGGCUUCUAAAGCCAAGGUGAGGAACUGUAGAAAAACAUGUGGAAAAAGGGUUUCAAGAAAUGCAAGGGCAAUUAAUGGUGCCCGCUUAAUGGGAACGAAGCGAAUCGCAGCGAGUUCUGAUUGUCAUGGAAAUUCGUCUCAACCGGGCGCAACAGAAGAAAGGGCUUUAUGUCCAAAGUAUGCCAUUAAUCCGGUGCAAGAUUGUUCGCCUGAAUUUGAAAGCAAGGUGCAUUUGGAGGGGGAGACGACUAUCGAAUCGCUGCCUCCGGAUAUCUUGGUUAAAAUAAUUUGCAAUUUCCGUCAUGAUGAACUGAACCCUCUCUCCUGUGUAUCAAGAAAAUUCAGAGAUGCGGUGGUAACUGCUAGACAGAUGCACUUUGAUUUUUCUACACCUGUUCGUUUACGAGAUCCUAAACGCAGAGCAAAUUCGUUGAUGCCGAAUGCUACCUCAGAGAAUUCUGCAAGCACUGUUGAAGGGUUAAAAUAUUUAUAUACUUCAGCAAGAAGGCUUGCAACUCCUAAUGCACCCAAGCAAGUAGGCAAAUUUCAAAAGCCAGGAUUAUUUUCUGAAGACACAAUAGAAAUUCCCAAAGUUCUGUUCCUUUCAGGCAAGGAUGACGAUGCAAUAUAUCCAAGCCAGAAUUAUUCCUUGAGAUCAAGCUGUAGUAUCACUGGCAGAGUCUUGUUUAUUGAGGAUGAGCUUUGUGAAGCCAUAUUCCGAAACAGGCUGUAAUUUCCUUUUUCAUGGGGUUUCACUUCCUUAGUGAAUGAGAAAGGAAUACCAUAUAGAGAAGUAGAGUGGCCUAAAAAUUUUGUUUCAGUUUUAUUCAGCAUUUUCAAACAAUUUUUACAAUCUGUAUCUCAUAUAGACGAAUCUCACUACGUGUGAGCAAUUCAUUAAUUCUUUUGUUCCUAUAUAUAAAGGGGUAUUGAGACUCUUCUUUUUGAACUCUCCAGAUAACAUUUUUGAGAUUCUGUUCAACAGAAUACGAUUGAAAAGAACAGAUGGUUGUAACAUAACAAUGCUAAAUUCUUUGGCAGGCCUAGGGUUUGCUUGGUCAAUAAUCUCCGAGACAAUUUCUCUUUGUACUCACGAUAAAAGCUUUUUUCUUGUAAAAGGAGCUCUGUUUAUGCC